UUUUAAUUUUGGAUUUUAUAUUUUAAAAUAAAUUUUGGUCCCAAAAAGGAGAUCGGACUGCUGCGCCGCCGCCGAUGGCCGAGGAAGAAGCGAUAGCGGCAGAAGUGGAGGCUGUCAAGGCGGUGUACGGUGAGGAUUGCCGAGUCAUUGAAGCUUUUCCUCCACAUCUUUGCGUUCACCUUAAGCCGCGCACCGCCGAAGUCUCUUCACAGCAGUUUGUUGAAGCAACUAUUGGAAUUCAUGCUGGUUCCAAGUACCCUGAAGUCCCACCUGAUAUUACUAUUAUCGACUCCAAGGGUCUAGAUGAGCAGAGGCAAAAACAUCUUAUAGCCAGGAUCCAGGAUAAAGCUUCUGAGCUUGCCUCAUGUUUAAUGCUCGUGGCGCUUUGUGAGGAAGCAGUGGAGAGGCUUUCUACCAUGAAUCACCCCGAGGGAGACUGCCCCCUGUGUCUAUAUCCAUUACUUGAUGAAAAUGCAGAGAACAACUCUCUUCCCUUUAUGAAGUUAAUGUCUUGUUUUCAUUGCUUUCAUUGCAAUUGCAUCAUCAGAUGGUGGAAUUGGACCAAGAUGCAAAAUGGAAAGGAAUCCAGUCAUUCUUCUUCCUCUAUUCAAGAUCGAAUAGAUACGCGCAAAGUGGUGGAAGGAAGUACGGGCAAGUGCCCGGUCUGUCGAAAAGUUUUUCUAAAGAAGGACAUUAAACAUGUUCUUGGCUUGGUUGAGAAUUUCACCCAUUUGGACUUCAGUGGGAUCAACAUCAACGAAGAUGUACUUCAAUCUGAUUCGGAGAAAAUCAGAAAACAGAAGUUCGAUGCCAUUCUAAAACUCCAGCAAGAAAACAAUGGCCUGAUCGAACCCAAAAAAGAAGAGGUUCUCCAGCCAGGCAUGUUCCUCCCCCAGCCAAUUACUGUCCCUUCAACACAAUCAGCAAACAAUGCGAAUCCAGAAAGUUCUGUCCGAAUAUCUGGCUCAAGGAGACGCAGUAAUUCGGCCCGGAAGCAGCAAAAUCCGAGGAAACAAGUAAGUCAAUGGGUAAGGAAAGAGCAUCCCUCUGAAGAUUGAACUUAUAUGAGUAUUUCAAUCUGCUCUUAUACAAAACCAUUGCAUUAUGUAUUGUAAAUGAAUUGAGCCAAUUCAUCAUCAUAUUUACUAUUUGUACUGCUGAUAAUAAUAAUCAGAUGCAUAUCAAUUGAUUGUGUUUAUGCAAAUAGAGUUCAAGACUAGAGAACUCUUUUAUAUGGGAGGACAAAAUUGACUGAUUAUGUCAAUGGGCCUCUAAAAUUUUCUAUUGGGCCGAGCCCAUAGAUUACUGUCCAGCCCAUUAGAGUAAAUUGUCAAUAUUUCUCUUGUCUUAUUUAUUUUAUUUACGGUUC